CCCCGAUGCCAACGCCUCCUGCAAACGUGGCUUCCGCCUGCCCUCCAGCCUGCACUGUGACCCCCGCUUCCGGCGACGUCAUAUACGGCACCUGCUGGAGCGGGAACCGACCGAGCAGGAGGACGAGGAGGAGGAGGAGGAGGAGGAGGAGGCACUCGAUAGUGGCAGAGUGAGUCUCAAGACGGUACCGGCGCCAACAAUGCCUGGAGAGCUGGUCCCACCGUCUGAGGAGGGUGCACCCUCGCAACAACAAAAACAGCCCACUGUCAUCACUGUUUCCGAUGAUGAUGCUGCCUCAGCGUCAUCUGCCGCGGAAGAUCUCAUUGUGGUGGACGAGGAUGAAGAAGAUGCAGACGAAGAGGAUGAGGAGGAGGGGCAGGAGGAAGGAAGCAGUGUGGCGGAGGAGGAAGACGACGCAGCAGCAGUGUCAAACGCCUCCUCCGAAGUGACCUCACGUCCCAGCGACUCUGGCCUCGGAGAGGCGGGCGCAGAAUCGACC